CUGCUUACUAUUAGAUGCUUAGGUAGGUUAUAUGUUUUUCGAAAUAUAUAAACAUUUGUUCAUCUAUUCUUCUCAUUCUCCCCAAGACCUUUUCUAUCUAUAUCGGAAACAAUGACUUCCAUACCUCCAAUCGCUGGAAUUCCCUCCUUAUCCACUGUUGAGAGAUCCGGUGUCCUCGACACCCUAUUCGAGCCAUGUACUGCUCUCCAUACACUCUCUAUGGAUUUACUUCAUACAACGACUUUCGAGUCUUACAAUGAUCUUAUCGUCAGUGUCGGUACCCAACUUGUUGAUCUGUCAGAAAGUACAUUACCAAGUGAUAGAGAGUGGCUAGACAAGAUUCUUGGUUCCCAUCCCAGAUUAGGCGAGAAGAAAGUAGACAGUGUACAAUCGAAAGCCGAACAAGCUCAAUUGAAUACUGGACCUACCGAAGAAGCUGAAAAGCUGAAAGCUCUGAACGAAGAAUAUGAGAAGACUUUUCCAGGCUUGAGAUAUGUUGUUUUUGUAAAUGGAAGAUCAAGACCUCUUAUUUUUGAAGAUAUGAGAAGAAGAAUAUUAAGAGGUGAUAUUGGACUCGAGAGGAAAGAGGCUAUUCAGGCUAUGUGUGAUAUUGCAGUAGACCGCGCCACCAAGCUACAAAAAGCAUUAUGAAAACAUUUGGACUCCAAUAAAUCCAAUUAUUUAUGAGUUGAUACGUUUUUGGGUACUUGUGAACAUAUACCCAUGCAAAUGCCAUGACGUUGACCCGCCCCUCUCCCAAAUUAAUCUGUAUAACUUUCAAAUGAAAUCUGAGGACCUCCAUAAAGCCUCCGAAGAAUCUCAUCUAUCAUAGUAGAUGGUCCCCAAUUCUCCCUCUGAGAUUUUUUCCAUUGUCAAUUCCAAUGGAUUGUUGAGUUUCUUCAUCUCACACCAGUUACCUCACCGAAACUCCCAUCUCAGCACCUCCAGCACACACAAAAUAGCUAUCAUACAAUCUCUCCUCCUCUUUCAGCAUCUCCACAAUUCUCUCAUCUUCAGGCGGACUCAGUGGCUGCUCUUGCAUAUCUUCUGGAGAAAGUCCAUCGAGCGUAUCAAGGUAAUCAUACUCAUCUUCUCCCUCUUCCGAAGAACACAUGAUAUUGAAGUCACUGUAGAUCGUUUUCUCACACCCGUCCUCCAAUUCAUCCAUCAGCAUCUCAUCUUCCGAAUCUAAAACAUCAUAGUUUGACCUUCCAAGUGGGCUCGGAGGUAGCACAGAUUCAUUCCACCUUUUGUUUUGCUUUUCCUCCAGAAUCUCCCUUAGAUGCAUAUCCACAUCCAGCAAUGUCUGUUGCUUUCGCUCACGAAACGUUGACUCCCUUGCCCCAUGCAUCCGCAUCUGCAACCUGAUUCGAUUGAAAAUCGCCACCUUCCGUAGCACAUUCCGUUCAAUUCCAAUUUCUUUCUUCCCUCCACCUUUCCCAUCUCCUCCAUAUACCCCGAGCCUUUUCACCCCACCAGCACCCUUCACACUUACUCCUCUCAUGCCAAACACUCUAGCAUGUUUAUAACUGGCAGGCACCGAAAACGGUCUACUCAAUCGCGAGGUAAUGAGAUGAAGACGCAAUCUUCUCUUCUUCCGUCCUGGUCCUUCAUUCACGGUAUUUGCGUUCAAGUUUCCAUCGACGUCUGAGAGGGGGCGUGUACGUUUGGAGCGAUAGGGCAGACAUGGAGAGGGCGAGGCAGGGGAGAAGGUGAAUUUGAAAGUGGCAUUGGAUUUGCUGGGGUUGAGGGGGCCGAAUUGGAAGGAAGGAGAUAGGGUCUCUGAGACUUGAGUUUGGAUUUGAGUCUGAACGCCGAGCGUAGUGGAAGUAGUAUGGUGCAAUGGUAUCAUGUCCACAUUCGAUUCUAUUUAGUGUGCGUUUGCCAAUUUGGGCGAUGGGGUGGAUCGGAAGAGGUGGUAAUUGAAGUAUCCUCAUUCAUUUCCUCAAUGAUGAAGGAAAGUAAUAAACGGUAUUUGGAACCAGCAUUUGGUAUGUUCUCCUUCUGGUAAAGAUAGUCAACUUUACAUCCUUUGAGAUUGUAUCGUCAAUACUGAAUCCAGCAUCCAGAUCGGGCAAGCGAGCAAUUGAUUUUAGAUUUCCUGAAAACAAAAAACGAAAAAGCGUCUUCGCGCAAACAGAACCAAAAAAACA